ACACUUGAACAAUCAAGAAUCUCUGAAGUAAGAGUAGCAGACUUAAAAUGUGCAUUCUGUGCUAGAGAUCAUAAAACUAGUAAGCAUAAUUAUGAAACAUGCUUAAAAAGAGAUGAAAUAUGUCAAUAUACUCUGCUUAAGUGCUUCAAUUGCAAAGAAAAACAUGCAUCUAGCUCAAAAGAAU